UCCCACUGGUCCCUAUCCAGUCGUGUCAACCAGGCUCGCCCAGCAUCACCGCCUUCUUCUUUCUAUUUUCUCUGUAUUUCCUCUUCCUCUAUCAUUGUUUUCCUUCCUUCUUGUGGUUUUUAUUUUUUCCAGCAUUUCUCAAACUCGCUGCGCAGCCAAUUCUUCCUCCGGUUAUUCCCAUUUUUUCCCUCCUAUCGACCAGAUGGUCUGCCGGUAGCCGCGCGAGCUGUGCUGUCGCAUCAAUCCUACCAGGAGGAGGAAAAAAAUCUAUCCACGACACCUUUAGUGUUGCUAAAUUAGCCAGGAAGCCUUGCUGUGAUCUUUUUCCAUGUCUGCCUGUUCCUGCGUGGAAGGAGCCUGCAGCCUGCUCAGCCUUUCUCCUCUUUAGCAUCUCCAGCAGGCUGCUGCUGUGGAGCUCCAUGCUCUGCUGCAUUCAUUUUCUGCAGACCGUGGCCUUAACCGUCUACGCCUGCCUGCGGUCGUCCUCCGACGCCGGCCUGCGUGGCCUCUGAGCUGGUUCCCCUCCUCAUUCUCCUCGCCGUCCCCCGCCAUUGCGUCCAGCUGUGGCCCUCACAGGGCGCGGUCGCUGGCUUUCACCUGACAGGUCCCUGGCCUCAGGACGACAGCCAGCAACAACACGUUCCCUACAUGAGGGACAAAGCGACGCAGACCCCCAGGGCCUGGGCAGAUGAGAGGAGGAGGGGCUCUCACAAACGCUCGGCCUCCUGUGGGAGCACCGACCAACUCAAGGAGAUUGCCAAAUUGCGUCAGCAGCUGCAGCGCAGCAAACGCAGCAGCCGCCACCGGAGGGACAAGGAUCGCAAGUCGCCGUUCAAUGGCAGCCACACCAUCAUUCAGUCACAGUCGCCUAUGCCCAAGACCAUUCUUAUACCAAUCCCUAUAUCCAAAUCCUCGGCUCCUCGCUUCCGCAACAGCGUGGAGGGCCUGAACCAGGAGAUCGAACGCAUCAUCAUCCGGGACACCCCCGAGAAGGAGGAGACCAUUGUGCCGCAGGAUGUCCCCGAUGGCCACCGCGCACCCCCGCCGGUCCCCCCCCAGCGCAGCAGCAGUACCCGCAGCAUCGACACGCAGACUCCAUCGGGCGGUGGCUUGAGUGGUAACCAUAGCAACUGCAGCAGCCGCCCAGACUCCAUCUCCCCCUCCUACCUCAGCGUCCUCAACGACACGGCGGGAGGCAGCCCCUACGAGGACAAAGAGCUAAGUCCGUGCUCCCCACUUCCCAAGUACGCCGCCUCUCCCAGACCCAACAACAGCUACAUGUUCAAGAGGGAACCGCCAGAGGGCUGCGAGAAGGUCCGAGUGUCUGAGGAGACCAUGCCCAAACCCCUGGAGGAGAUCCCUCCCUUCCUGUGUCCCGACCGCAACAAGGUCAACUUCAUCCCCAACAGCGGUUCCGCCUUCUGCCUCGUCAGCAUCCUCAAGCCCCUGCUUCCCGCCCCGGACCGCAACUUUCGCCCGGGGGUGGGCCUCCGCAGCCUGUCCCCGUCCCUGGUGCCUCUGUCCACCCAGCCCUAUCUCCUGGAGGAGCCUGAGAGCUUCUGACUGGCCCCUUGGCCUCGACCUCAACCCCCCCUCCAUUGGUUAAAUCAGAAAACAUUAUGGAAUCGAUCCUUUUGCUCCUGAAAAAAACAACAAAAAAAAGCCUUUAGCAUGCCAGCUAAGCUCUCUCUGAUGUCCUUCUUUUGUUGAAAAGCUCCUCCCACUGCCUCCUCCUCUGACGUAGGACUCCUGCCUCCCUGAGCAGGUGUUCGUAGCUCACAUUUCACCGCUUCCUUCGACCCUCAGCACCGCUUCUGUUCCUGUUCUUCUGGGAGGAAACGGCCGUAAGGACAGACUUUUCUCUUUUAUUUCAUCCUAUUAUACCAUGGCGCCUUUCCGCGGACAUAUCUCUUUUUCUAUUUAUGGUUGUUUGUCUUGAUAAGAAUUUUAUGCCUUCCAUUAUAAAGAAAAAAAAAAAAGAAAAAAAGGAGCCGCUGGUUUCCAUGGAGACCACCAGAUGGACCACAGAGGCUAACUUUGGUGCUGCCAGAUGUAUCGUAGCAUACCUUGGAGGGAUGUGAGAAGUUCAAAAAUGUGCCUGAUGUUUUAGACCGCAGUUUCCCCCGAACCGUCAUAAUGCUGUGAUCCUCGUUGAUCUUUAGCGUAAUUAUGAUCAUUGCACUAUGAAGGCCAUAGAUACAAGCAGUAAAAGGCAGAUAAAGUACAAACAGGAUAUCUUUAAAACACUCCUAGACCAAAUCUAGAUAUCUGUUUGCUAUUAUUUUAUCACCUUUGGGGUGUAUCUAUGGGAAACCCAGGCCAGGGCUAUGAUGUUUGACGCGUGUUCAACCUGUGUCUGCUUGCCCCCCCCACGCCCAGCCUUCCUAUGCGCCAGCCUUUGCUCACAGCGUCCAUUUUCCUCUCCACCACCAUCACCCUCCCCUUAUUUUCUCUAUCUUUUACCUUCUUUGUUGAGCUCCUCCUGUCUUGGUCAGCUUGUAUUGCUUUUCAAUGAAGGGUUCUGCACACGGAGAGGCUCGUCAGCCUAUGGUUCUAUACUAGACCAUUCAAUUAAACUGCUAAUCUCAGAAUCAUAAAGAAAACAAGUGUGGCUCAGCAGUGAAAAUUAAA